GAAGUUAGAGAUGAUUGAUGAUGAAGUCUUGGGAUUCCUUGCCAACUUUCUUGGCAUUUUCAUUUUUGCUUUGGUUAUAGCAUAUCACUUGGUCGUGGCCGACCCCAAAUAUGAAGCUAGCUAGAAUACUUUGAAUUUUCUGAUGUGUUUGAGACAAAAGGUUUUGAUUGAUUUGGUCCUGUAAGGUCAGCUUAUAUGACUUAAUAUUGGUGAAACCAGAAUUUUGUGGCUUAUGCCAAUUACAUUUUUCAAUAUUUAAAAGCAUGCUUGAAUCUUAUUAGAUAUUGUGUCCCUCUGUCUACUGGUCGAGAAAUUGCUCCAUCAUUCUUGGCCUAUAGUGCAUGGAAUGGUAGUUGUUGUCUGAUUAACCGAUGAAUAUGCCAGCGUAAAGUGCUUAUUAACGAUGGAGUUGUUUAGAUUAACUAAGAGUCUGAAUUAUUGAUUGACUUGAAUUUGUUUACCAUAGUCCCCCCAAGUCUGAAGCUUGUAACAGCAGAGUAUAAACAUAAACUACUCAAUAGUAAUAGAGUUUUCCAUACAUAUGAGACACAUGCUCUAUAAAAGAGGGAAUCAUAUGAUAGUAUGAUACACUACCUAACAAGGCCACUAAUGGGCAUGAGGGCAAAUAAACAUAGUUAGAAGACUUAGAGUUUAACCUUUAUUUUACUGCAUAUACUUGCUAUGCAGCCUAUAUUAUGCUACAUUCUUUGCUGUGGAGCAUACAGGUGCCAGAUUAUUCUCAAGGAAGUGUGGUAAUUGGAGGCAACCUUUAUUCUGGCCACUCUGUUUCUGGGGGGCAAAAGGAAGAAAACCCAGGGCAGGAAUGUUUACAAAAUCAGGCAAUGUUGGUGCCAAAAUUUUCCCGCUUGCCUGGACAUUGCCAAUCCUCAAAAGUGACAUGCCAAUGAAGAAAGCUAAGAGACCUAAAUGGGAACAGGUCAGUGCUGGAGUAUAUGAUUGUAGUAAAUUAGUAUGAAAAGGUGGACAGUGUCGAGGAUUAUUUUGAAAAGGUCAAGGGGAUUUGCAGUUUAGUCAAGGUAUUGCCCUUGGAUUUUUGAGUCCCCGGUUUAGGAAAUUAUUAGUUCAUAGAGUUAUACCUAAUCGAAAUUGGUUUUAAAUGGCAUCAAAUGUUGGACUGUGUUAAUUGAGCCAUCGAUAUGUCUGCUAUAGAUGCAGAAGUGACAAGAUUCAUGCCUCUUGAUCAACCUUAUGGUUCGUUAUAUUUCCCUUCAUAGCUUAUUUACCUUAAUGGCUGUCAGUGACCAAAAUUAGGCUAGCUAAAGAGACGGCCGUAAUGAUGGAUCAGCAGUUUAGAGUACUAAAAUGCAUUUUAGCUAAAGAGAUUAAUAUGUGGUGGAUAUUCAUGUCUUGUUCUCAAGAAUUAAUCUUUGGAUUUAUUAUCUAUGGACUGUACCUUUCUCA